GGGGUUUGGGGGCUAGGGGAGGAGCCAGAGCUAGGAGUAGCUCGCAAUCAGUGAGCAGCUUUCAUACAGUGUGAGACGGAGACUGGCUUUCAUUCGCAUUGCAGCCUUUUCCACGAUGCCGUUCUUGGAUUUGAAUACUCCAUUCCCCGUAAUCCAUGCUAAGGAUUUUUACCUGACUUAAGGGACACUUCAUGACAUCAUAAGAAAUUUGGAUACUGACCUAAACUGGUACUCUAGAGCCCCUUAGUGGACUAAAGGGUGGAUUGCACGGGUGGUAAACAAUCCAGCCAGAGACCAGGACUAUGGCUGAUCUUGUGUACUCGGACCUCAUAGCAAAGCACUACAACUUCACUGGGAAAUUCCGUAAAGUGGAAAAGGAUCCCGGACUCAAGGCUGAUUCUGUCGUGUUUAUCAUUGUGUGCUGCUUCAUAAUUCUAGAGAAUGUGCUGGUUCUUCUCACCAUUUGGCGGACCAAAAAGUUCCACAAGCCCAUGUACUACUUUAUUGGGAACUUGGCUCUUUCGGAUUUGCUGGCUGGAGUGGUAUACACGGCUAACAUCCUGCUCUCAGGAGCUAAUACGUAUAAACUGAGUCCCACGCAGUGGUUCUUCAGGGAGGGCAGCAUGUUUGUAGCACUGGCUGCUUCAGUCUUCAGCCUCUUGGCCAUUGCAAUCGAGCGCCACCUUACUAUGCUCAAAAUGAAGCUCCACAACAGUGGAAACACGUGCCGGGUCUUCAUGCUGAUCAGCACAGUGUGGUUCAUCGCCGCCAUUCUGGGUGGCUUGCCUGUCAUAGGCUGGAACUGCAUCCACAGCAUGAAGAACUGCUCAACAGUGCUGCCACUCUACCACAAAACCUACAUCCUGUUCUGCACCACCGUGUUUAGCGUGAUCCUCAUGGCCAUCGUGGUGCUCUACGCCCGGAUCUACGCACUGGUCCGCACACGUAGCCGCAAACUUGUCUUCCGCAAGGUUUCAAACGGCCGUGGGAGUGGGAACAAGAGCUCGGAAAAGUCCAUGGCCCUGCUGAAGACGGUCAUCAUUGUCCUGAGCUGCUUCAUCGCCUGCUGGGCACCACUCUUUAUCUUGUUACUGCUGGAUGUAGCCUGCGAGAUCCGCACCUGUCCCAUCCUCUACAAAGCUGAGUGGUUCCUCGCUCUGGCAGUGCUGAACUCGGCAACGAACCCUCUCAUCUACACGCUCACCAGCAACGAGAUGCGCAGGGCCUUCCUCAAGAUGCUGCUGUGCAGCGUGUGCACUCAGCCUGCUGGCAAGUUCUCCAGACCCAUCAUUGGGGCAGAGUUCAGCCGGAGCAAAUCGGACAAUUCAUCGCAUCCCAACAAGGAAGAGCCUGAGUAUUCACCCAGGGAAACAGUUGUGUCCUCAGGAAACAUCGCGUCAUCAUCGUAAAUGGGACUGUGGACAUUUUCCUGCUUUUUCUUAUUUAGUGAAUGUAUGCGUAUGUGUGGAGAUCCCACUGGACACCUAAGUCAGAAAGUUUGUCCAGUCCACACCGCUCUUGUUCCGUAAGUGAAAAUAGAGCUUAAUUUUUAUCUAACUAACACCCAACUGUACAGCAGUGUUAACAGAUGGAGACAGACAGUCAAAGUCAGGCCAGGACACACUGGGACAGUGAACAAACAUGUUUGGGGUCUUUUUUGUUCCUCAGCUGGUUCCUCAGCCACAUGCUGCACAAUCAUAAGACUGUGCUGUAGAUUUUUAAUUUAAUUACGGUUCAUACCACGUACAAAGUUUGAGUGUCCACUAGUGGAUCUGAGUGGACGUGUCUGAUUCAUGUGGCUAGUGGAGCUGGUGUGGAUUGAAAUGGGAAAAUAAUGGAAUCAAAUUCCAUUCAGAUUACUAAAAAAAAAAUCUAGAAAAGCUUUUGUGUGUAAAUUGUCCUGGUUUAUAGUGUACAGGGUGUUUGGAUGGUUAUAUUAACAUUACAAUCUUCCCAUCCUGAAGAAACCCACUCUGGAUUCCACUCUGGAUCCCACAUUACAACAUUACUACAGUUUCUAAACCAACAUUUCUUAACAGGUAUGACAUGCUCGAUUGGGAGAAACAGACUGAAACAAGAAAAAACACUUUUUUUUUUACUCUGAACUGCAAAAAUAUUAAAUAAGUGCAAGAAACUUGAUGCAAGACUCAUCACUGAAACAUCUUCCUCCGAUUGCAAAAAUGCACUUAACAACCUGAGCUCUGAUUAAUCAGUAUUACCCACUGUUUUUAUUUAUCACAUGGAAACGUUCUAAUUUGAGGAACGUUUAGGAUAGCACUUCUUGUCAAAGUGCUCUUUGAGAGCCAUCUUAAGCCUUUUACUGACUCAUUAUAAUGUAUUAGCAUAAUGGGCUCAUUUUGUACCAUUUCAUGCCCUUACAGGGAAAAAAAGUGUGGUUUUUUUACACAUUAUUCUUGCACGUCACAUAUUCACAUGAACUUAUAUAAACACGUAAAGAAAAAUAACAUGCAGUGGGAAAAUUCACACAUCAAAUCACAAGUUAAAGUUAAACAGAACUUUAUUUCCUGUAAGGGCAAAAAUCUAAAUAAAUGAAAUACAGUCGUUUUUUUUUAAAAAAAAAAAAAAAAAAAAAAGGGAAAAAAAAAAAGGUACUUUGUGUUUCUUUGACUUAACGUUAUACUUUUAGUGAGAUUUCUACUACCCUGAUUGGGAAUGUAUUUUAUUUUCAUAAAUAUGAUCUGACCUUUCAUCCAACAGCUGUAGAAAUUCAGUUAGCAUGUACAGUAGUUCGCCAGUAUUAAUUUAUCUUGAAUAAACUCCUAACUUGGAUGAGGGGUGAAUUAUAAUGUGGUAUUAAUGCAUCAUGACUUUAAGGUAUUUUUAAUACCACUCAGAUUUUAGGGUUUAUUGUAUUGUUACUAGUUAAUGCACGUGCACAAGCUGCUUUGCAUUCGCAGUCGAGCAUCUUUCAAACGUGUGGAAAUCAGAAAUGAGCGUCUAGCAUUACAAAUGAAUCAUGCAUUACAGACGGAUGCUGGGAAUGUGAAUUUGAUAAGAUCCAUAAUCAUCUUAAUCGUCUUCCUACCUGUUACAACAUCUGUACUGAAAUACUGCAGAAUAUAGAUAUGGUUCAAAAUGCAUCAUUUAGCAAUAAGGAUUCAGAGAAAAAAAAAGUCAGGCACAUGCCUGUUUUGUUCCUGUGGGGUUUUUUUUGUUUGUUUGUUUUUUUGCACAUUGUAACACCUGUGUCUGUGUAUUGUUAGCUUGUCAAUAAAUAUUUGCUGUAAAAAAAAGAAAAAAAAAAAGAAAACAAGGCGUUGGGAGUUUGUAAGUUGAAAAUGGUGGUUUAUAUCCUAUUUCCU